AUGAACGAAUGGGACGUCGCAGCAUCUGCAUUCCAACCACCCCGCGCGGUUGCCAACGCCACCCCACCUUCCUCCUCUUGGAGAGGUGCCCCAAAACCCUGUCCGCCUUCAACCAACUCCACGCCCACUUCAUCACCACCGGCCUUGCCCGCCACACGUACCCCCUCUCCCGCCUCCUUCUCCUCUUCUCCUCGCUCCCCUCCCCUCUCCCCUCUCUCCCCCACGCCGCCGCCCUCCUCUGCCAGCCUCUGGUCUCCUCCUCCUCCCCCUCCCCCUUCCUCCCCAACACGCUCGUCUCUUCCCUCGCCGACGUCGGCCGUCCCCACCUCGCCCUCUCCCUCUACUCCCGGGUCCUCCUCCUCCAGCCCCACUCCCCCAAGCCCAACAACCACACCUUUCCCUCCCUCCUCAAGGCCUGCGCCGCUGCCGGCCCCUCGUGGGUCCCAGUCGGCCGCGCCCUUCACGCCCACGUCGUCAAGUUCAUCGGCCACGACUCCGUCGACCACUUCGUCCGUGCCGCGCUGCUCAGCUUCUACUCCCGCUGCGGGGACGUGUCAUCUGGCCGCCGCUUGUUCGACCGCAUUCCAAACCCUGACCUGCCCGCUUGGAAUUGCAUGCUCUCGGCCUAUGCUCGGUGCUAUAGCGACGUCGAGGAUGCUGAUUCCGGCAUGCAGACCUUGUUUCUCUUCCGAAAGUUGCAGCUUUCCUCCACGUUUAGGCCGAACGAGAUCACGCUCGUGGCCUUGAUCGGUGCUUGUGGUGAUCUGGGAGCCCUAGGCCAGGGUAUCUGGGCACAUGCCUACAUCGAGCAGAAUCAUUUAAUCAUGAACCAGGUCGUGGCUACGGCUUUGAUCGAUAUGUAUGCAAAAUGCGGACGAUUAGAUCUUGCGGAGCAACUGUUCGUCAGAUUGUCUCAGAAAGAUGUGCUCUGCUACAACGCCAUGAUUCGGGGACUUGCGACUCACGGGCGUGGUCACCAGGCAGUUGAACUGUUCCAUAGGAUGACGAGCGAGGGGGUGGGGGUUGACGAGGUGACAUUUGUAGUUGUCAUGAGCGCUUGUGCGCAUGCAGGGUUGGUCGAUGAGGGGCAGAGAUUGUUCGACGAAAUGCAAGAGGAUUUCGGAAUCAAGCCACAGAUGGAGCAUUAUGGAUGUUUGGUGGAUCUUUUGGGCCGAUCUGGACAGCUUGAGGAGGCCGAGCAGGUCAUUCAAUCCAUGCCUAUGAAGCCAAAUGCGAUCCUUUACAGGUCAUUGUUAACAGCUUGUGGAAUUCAUAAUAACUUGGAGAUCGGAGAGCGUACGGUUGCACAGCUGAUACAUUCGGAGCCUGAGCAUGGUGGUAACUACGUUUUAUUGUCAAACAUGUUUGCCAAGAUUUGUCGAUGGGACGGUGUUAUGCAGGUGAGAAAGGUGAUGAAGGAGAAGGGUAUUGAUAAAACACCUGGUUCUAGUUUAGUCGAGGUUGAGGGAUCCAUGCACGAGUUCUUGAUGGGAGACAGAACUCACCCUCUUCUGAAGGAGAUCUACAAGAUGCUCGACGAAAUGGACAGAAGAUUGCAUGAGUUUGGAUACAUGCCAAGAACAAAGGAAGUGUUGUUUGAUGUUGAAGAGGAGGAUAAGGAAGAUGCUCUCUCCUACCACAGUGAGAGGCUGGCUAUUGCCUUUGCUCUCCUUACAUCCGAUCCGAGUGUUCCUAUCAGAAUUAUGAAGAAUUUGAGAGUCUGUGGUGACUGCCACUUGAGUACAAAGCUCAUAUCUGGGAUCUACAUGAGGGAAAUAAUUGUGCGAGAUCGAAGCCGCUUUCACCAUUUCAGGAACUGGACAUGUUCUUGCUCAGAUUAUUGGUAAACUUUUCUUCAUAUCAAUCAGGCCUCCUUUCAUCCUCAGCGUGAGGGACAGCACGUGCUCCGGGGUCUUCUCCUUCCCCACCACGUCGAUCUCGAACCUUUCCACC